UUCCUUAUAAAAAAGAUUUAUCUCUUUUUCAUAAUAUUGAACAGAAUUUUAUGAUAAAUUGUUAAUUCUUAGUUAAUUUUUCAUGACAUAAAAGAUACGUUUUCUAAUGUCAAACUCUUAUAACAUGGUUUUCUGAAAGGAAUUAGUUCUUAUAAUUGAAUUAAAAUUAUGUCGGGACAUAAUAGAAAUUUGGAAUUAUUAUUGUGUCGACAUAUUUUUAAUUCAUUAAGAAAAAGAGUAAUUUGUUUUAGACAAUUAUUUUUUACGAGUUUCAGAGAAAGUAUCUUUUAUGCUAUUAAAACUUAAAACAGCUUACCAUAAAAUUUUCUUCAAUACUAUGAAUAAAAUAUAAUUGUUUUUAUAAAGAAAGGAAUCUUUUCUAUUUUUGAAUAUUUUACAUAUUUACAGAAGGAAUAUAAUUUUUAGUGCAUGAAAACAUUAUCAAAAACAAUCUUAUCUUCGCAUAUCGAAAUCUCACAAGAGGGGCAACAGCCAGUUCUCGCCUUUAGCACUUUGCGUUGUACCGCGCCCGAGCGCGACAACUUUAGGCAGUCUAAUUCGCUAACUACAGAUGCUUACAAUUUAAAAACUAUUAUAGCCUCGACAUGUUGGUAUUAGGAUUUUCGUCUUAAAAUCACCUCAGGAAUAACACUAUGUACUUGGUGGGCGCGUUUUAAGAUACACAGUAUAUAAUGAUAUAUGAUAUAUUAUAUAAUUAUCAUAUCACAAUUGACGUGUACGUAUGAUCAAGCAAGUAACGCUCCUUCUAAGAAACGUGUGUACGCUACGAAUGCGCGGACUGUAAUGAAAAACGCGAAGACGUUAUUGCUUGGAAAAAUCAAUUGCGCUUGCGCGAACUUCGGUCAAUAUAUCAUGACAUGACUAUUUUUCUGAGAGAAAUAAAUAUUCGUUGUACUUUCGUUACGGCGCCAAAUCGAUCGGUUAAUCGCCCACUUUUCUCUCCCUCGCAAAUUCCGAGCAAAUUAUUUUUAUAGCAUCUUGAUAUUUUAUAAUACUUUCGUCGGAAUAUUUAUCUUAAAUUGAGGAAUUUCGCCUUGGAAAAUACGUUAGAAGAAUAUCAUAUAAUAUUCUUUAUUCGAAGAAAGAAAUAGGUAAAAUAGCUUUAUCUCGAUAUAUCGCUCUCAAAUGCGCGUGGAAGCUCGAACAAGAGUGACUUCUAUGGAUACUCAAUUUCUUUACAUUCAUCGAAUUUCUCUGGUCGCACUUGGGUUAUGGCCUUACCAUCGAACAAUGCUUGUUCAACUUCAGUCUUGUGUGUUUUCUCUUACUAUGACUACCUUUAUUAUAUUUCAGCUUACAACAUUUCUAACUACAGAAUGUAAUAUUGAGCUUAUCUUAGAAAUUCUUUCUACAACACUUUUUGUUCUUUUGACCGUAAUUUACUAUAAUUUUCUUUGGAUCAACACACAUCUUGUGAAGCAUGUAUUGGAAAAUCUUCAGUACAUCUGUAGCGAGUUAAAGGAUGAAAACGAAAUUGCUAUAAUAAAAAGAUAUGGACACAUUGCAAAAUGCGUUGCAAUUGGAUUCACCUUGUUGACGAUAUGGGGUUUCUUCGUCUUAGCUAUUUUGCCAAUUCUGCCGCGGAUUUUCGGCAUCUUUUCUUUCGUAAAUGAAUCUAAGCCACAUCGCAAUAUAUAUAUCAGAGCGGAAUAUUUUGUUGAUCAAGAAAAAUAUUUUUAUUUUAUUUCGCUGCAUCUGUACGCAACCCAGUACAUAGGAGGAAGUAUAUUAUUAGCAGGAGCAAUAGUGGUGACAGGAUACUUUACAUAUUUUUGUGGAUUAUUUAACAUUGCCAGUUACCGUAUCGAACAGGCAAUGCAGAUAAAUAGUGACAAAAUAUGUAAUUGGAAGAACAAGAGGGAGAUCGACAAGAAGAUAAGUCAUGCAGUGGACAUUCAUCGCACAGCUCUUGAGAUUAUUGAAUUCUAUCUAUAUAACUGCGAGGGAGCAUAUUUUCUUAUAGUAGCGAUUAUUGUAAUUUCUUUGAGCCUCAAUCUGUUUGGAAUAUCUCAGGCCAUUCGGUUUGUAUUUAGGAUGGAAGAUUUUAUAUUACACUGUGGUUUUGCGGUUGUCAUUUUAACAUGUUCAUUAGGACUUAACUACAUGGGUCAAGCAUGUAUAGAUCACUAUAAUUAUAUAUUUUUAACAGCAUAUAACGUUCGAUGGUACAUUGCACCUGUAUGCGUGCAAAGAUUAAUAUUGUUUCUUUUGCAAAAAGGCGCUAAGCCUUAUAACAUAAAAGUGGUUGGUCUUUAUACAUUAUCUUUAGAAAGCUUUGCCACGGUAAAACUAUUAUACAUUAUGUGUCAAUACGUACAUAUAGUAUACAUAAUAUAUGUAUAUAUUCAAAACUAAAUUGACGUUUUUAUUACAGCUAUCAACUGCAUCACUAUCGUAUUUUACUGUUAUAUAUUCUAUGCAAAAGUGAUAAUAAUAUGAAUCAGCUAAUAUUAUGAUUAAAACUAACUAGUAAACCCGAAGAUAGGUUUCCAUUCUUACAAGUUCCGUUCUAGUGAAUUAACUAGUGCUUUAAAUUGUCAGAAAAUGAAUAAAGAGGAUGAAAUAUUUCCAUUAUAGUUUUACAGUUUAUUGCGCUGCAUGCACAUUAAGAAGAACCCAAAGAUUAAAACUAAUUGAAUUUAUAUCUAGUAACCACCGAUAAUAAGUUUCCUUCUCUUCAAUCAAAAACCGGGACGACUGUAUAUUACAACUCAAUAAAUGCGUGUUUCCCAAAUAAACAGGGGAUGCCAUUCAACAUUCGUUUCAAACGUAAUAUGGUGUAGAUAUAAUGGUGUAUGAUAUGUUAAAUAAUUACCAUCAUAUCAAAACUGAUGUGUACAUACGAUCAACCAGGUAACGCUUCUUUUGAGAAACAUGUGCACGUUACGAAUGCGCGGACUAUAAUGAAGAACUCGAAGACGUACUGCAUGCAAAAAUCAAUUGCGCUUGCGCAAACUUCGGUCAAUAUAUCAUGCCAUGACUAUUUUUCUGUGAGAAAUAAAUAUUCGUUGUACUUUCGUUACGGCGGCAAUUCGAUCGGUUAAUCGUCCACUUUUCUCUUCCUCGCAAAUUCCGAGCAAAUUAUUUUUAUAGCAUCUUGAUAUUUUAUAAUAUUUUCGUCGGAAUAUUUAUGUUACAUUAAGGAAUUUCGCCUUGGAAAAUACACUAAAAAAAAAUAUCAUAUAAUAUUCUUUAUUCGAAGAAAGAAAUAAGUAAAAUAGCUUUAUCUCGAUAUAUCGCUCUCAAAUGCGCGUGGAAGCUCGAACAAGAGUGACUUCUAUGGAUACUCAAUUUCUUUACAUUCAUCGAAUUUCUCUGGUCGCAAUUGGGUUAUGGCCUUACCAUCGAACAAUGCUUGUUCAACUUCAGUCUUGUGUGUUUUCUCUUACUAUGACUAGCUUCAUUAUAUUUCAGAAUGUAAUAUUGAGCUUAUCUUAGAAAUUCUUUCUACAUCACUUUUUGUUCUUUGGUGCGCCAUUCACUAUAAUUUUCUUUGGAUUAACACACAUGUUGUAAGUUAAGAUUUUCAGAAUGUUUCUAAAUAUAUCUUUCAUACAAUAAAUAAGGUUUUAUACACUAUAAAUUUUGUAAAAUUUAUCAGAGAAAUAGGACAUUAUUUGAAUUAUUGUUGAUACGAUAGGUGAAGCAUGUAUUGGAAAAUCUUCAGUACGUCUGUAGCGAGUUAAAGGAUGAAAACGAAAUUGCUAUAAUAAAAAGAUAUGGACACAUUGCAAAAUGUGUUGCAAUUGGAUUCGCAU